GCGUAGAGGUAAAAGUAGCCUGGUCUCCCAACUCCAAAACUCCAGGUAUAUAAGUGAGCGGCGAGGCGGCAGUGUACAGUCACUCCAAGAUGAAGGUUCAGACCGCCGUAUGUGUGUUGCUCCUAGCGGCGUCAGCGUCAUGUGUGCCUGGCGGGAAGGGCAAGGGCAAGGGCGGCGGCGAUGGCGGCUACGGCCAUGAAUACGGCGGCGGCUACGUGGCCCAUCAGACAGUACUCACCUACAAGCCUGUGGAGGUGACCAAGCCCGUAGUGGUUCAUAAGCCUGUGGUGGAACAUCAUCCAGUGUACGUGAAGAAGCCCAUUAUGGUGCAUACCGCCCCGCCCCCAAUCCUGGUGCACAAACCCGUAGUACACCACGUACAGGAGUGGCAGCUGGUGACCGUACCCAAGGUCACCUACCAGCCCGUCUAUGUACACAAGAUCCCCGUCCACCACGGCAGCUCUGGUGGCAAGGGCAAAGGCAAAGGCGGCGGCUUUGGCGGCUUUGGCGGUAAGGGCGGCGGCAAGGGCGGCUUUGGCGGCGGCAAAGGAGGAGGGGGAGACGGAGGAUAUGGAGGAGGAUAUUGAUGAUAACGUGGUGCUCAUCCCUCGCCCACGCUGACCACUAUUGGUACCUUCUUCCCGCCACACCACCAGUACAUCUCAUCCACAUAAACCAAGAAACCAUAACCGUGGACGACACAGCAGUGUGUCGUGUGGUGGUCGUCGUGAGCGAGGUGGUCGUUAUGAUAGUGGUGCUAGCCAGUGGUAGUGGCGCCCAGGCUUCCCCUUGUUGUUUGUUUAUCAUUAAGUCACCUGAGCUCCCUACGCCAUCGUUAGCGUGGCAGCCAUAUAUACCGUGUAUAUAGUAACUUACCUCAUCUUUGUUUUUUUACCUCGUUUUGUACUGUUGUUUGACAAUAAAUAAAAAUAAAAA